UUAAGUAAUUCCCGUGGAAUCAACAGCUCCCCUUUUUGUGCAGGUAUGGUGUUGACAUGGAAGCGCGAGCGUUGCUGUAUUACACCUGUAGACUGAUACUGAACUUCGUAAAAUUCUUUCUAAACUUUCCUGGAAUUACAGUCAGUUACACUGGCUUUUUUGCAGACACGGGGCUGGCUGGGGUCUUGAGUUAAAAAUCCCUCUUGGUAGCCCCAAAGGCUUUUGUCUUUCUUCACGAAUGAAAGAAAUCUUACAAUCGAGUGCCCAACCGCUUUUCCUACUCUGCAAUAAGGAAGCACUCAUAUAAUUCCAGCUAAUGAGCGGCUUGUGCUCUUAACAUGCGAGCUGUUAAGAAGGAAGUGGAAUUGCCUUCUGUUGCAUGGUCGUGAAUGACAGCCCGAGGUCAAAACUACUGACCAAGGGGACGCAGGUCUGCUGUGUGCUGAGCUGCAAUGAGAAUUCUCUAUAGCCCUUAUGAUGGCAAAUGGAGCAAAACGAUGGUGGGCUAUGGGCCAGAAGACAAUCACUUUGUUGCAGAAUUGACUUACAAUUAUGGUAUUGGAGAAUAUCACCUGGGCAAUGACUUUCUGGGCUUAACACUUGUGUCCAGCCAGGCUGUGAGCAAUGCUAAGAAGAUGGGGUGGCCCCUCAAAGAAGUCACAACUGGUAUUUUUGAAGCUGAAGCCCCAGGGGGAUACAAGUUCUACUUGGAAGACAAGGAACAGCUCAAGCAAGAUCCUGUGCUAAAGGUAACCUUGGGUGUCUCCGAUCUGCAUAAGUCUGUUAACUACUGGUCUGAUUUGCUUGGGAUGAAAAUAUACGAGAAGGAUGAGGAAAAACAAAGAGUUUUGCUAGGCUAUGCGGAUAACCAGUGUAAGUUGGAGUUAAAGACGGUUGGAGGACCGGUGGAUCACGGGACAGCGUUUGGGCGGAUUGCUUUCUCCUGUGCAAAGGAAGAGUUGCCAAACAUUGAAGCACUGAUGAAAAAGGAGAAUCAGAAAAUUUUAACACCUCUGGUUAGCUUGGACACACCUGGCAAAGCCACAGUGCAAGUGAUUAUUUUGGCUGAUCCUGAUGGCCAUGAAAUCUGUUUUGUGGGAGAUGAAGCAUUUAGAGAUCUGUCCAAGGUGGACCCGAACGGUGACAAAUUGUUAGAUGAUGCCAUGGCGGCGGACGACAGUGACAAAUGGUUUGCUGCGCAGAAAAUGAAGAAGGCUUCUGCGUAGCUGGAGAAAAGGACUGGACUGCUCGUUCGUGCCUUGGUUUUCAUCUGAACGAAAUGCCAAUUCUAUGUAGCAUGUUGCAUUACCCCUUCCAGUAAGAGGGUGCUGUAAUGUCCUGUGCUGGUUGGUUUUUCUGAUUUAAGUUU